AAUAAAUAUAGCAAAUUUUAGAACCACUGUCACUGAAUCAGGAUUUUUGUCCAUCCCUCGCCCUGUCACACUUCUUUGGCGUUUUGGCGCAUUUUGUGGUAGUGCUUGUGGUGAAAAAUAAAACCAACAAAAUUCGCAAUGUCGACGCUGGAUCUCUGCGAAAAGUACUUUGGGACGAAGGACGUGUACCAGCUUAUGAGCCUGGCCAAAGGCGCUGCUGAGAAGGAGGUAAAGAAGGCUUACCACAAGCUGUCCCUGCUGGUUCAUCCCGACCGAGUGCCGGAAGAGCAAAAAGAGGAGGCCACCGAGAAGUUCAAGGUGCUAUCGAAGCUCUACCAAGUGCUGACCGACUCGCAAAAGCGUGCCCUAUACGACGAGCAGGGCGUGAUCGAUGACGACGAUGAGGCGGAGUCCAAGCUGUCGUCGUGGUUGGACCUCUGGAGCAAGAUCUUCAAGCCCAUCUCCGAGGAGGACAUCAACAAUUACGAGAAGGAGUAUGUGGACUCCGAGCUGGAGCGGACGGACGUAAAGAAGGCGUACCUGGGCGGGAAGGGAUGCAUCAACUACCUCAUGAACCAUGUUCCCUUCAUGAAAGUGGAGGACGAGCCGCGCAUCCAGAAGAUCGUCGAAACGAUGAUUGCCAGUGGCGAGGUGCCCGAGUACAAGAUCUUCACCGAGGAGCCGGUCGCCAAGCGCAAGAAGCGACACCAGAAGUACGCACGCGAGUUCAAAGAAGCCAAGGUUAUCAAGAAGCGCCUAGAGCGUCGGCAGAAGGAAAAGGAUGACCAGGAUCUGGCGGACAACGGUGGCGACUUACAGCAAAUGAUCCUCGCGCGCCGCAAUCAGCGGGAGUCCAACUUCGGCUCCCUGAUGGAUCGCCUGGUGGAGAAGUACGGCAACGAGGACGACUCCGAUACCGUCGACUUCAGCGCCUUCGAGAAGAAGAAAAAGAAGUCCAAGAAGCCCGCCAAGCAGGAGCCGAAACUGAAGCUUAAUGGAGUCAAGACUGGCCGGGUGGAAAAGUCCCAGAAAUAGGCACAACCAACUUACUAUUAUACUCUCUAUUAUUAAUAUUUAAUCUAAAUGAUAUAUUUUAUAUUAGUCUUAGUUACUCAUAUGUAUUUAUCCAUGUACGUAUAUUUAAAUUUCUGUAAAAUGCAUAUUAUGGUGGGUUGAAAAGCACACAGAUCAUCAGCAGAAUAUGCUAUUCUUUCUUCCCAAUUAUCCCAAAAAAUUCCAAGUGCACAAUUUUAACAUCUGCAGUCCCUUGGUUCGCAAGCAAAUCAAAUCAAAUAAAAAGAUACUGAUGUUA